AUGUCGUUGCCUAAACCUUCGGCAGGAUUGAACCUUCAAUGGUUCUCGGCGCUUGCUUCACCGCAGCCUCAGGCGAGGCUCGACGCUGCGACGGCACUCUUGAAGCAUUUGGAGUCCGAGGAGGCUGCGAAGGAGGAUGCGGAUUACAUUGUUAGCCGAUUGAUUAAGGGUUUGGCAUCUGGAAGGGGUGGGGCUCGUUUAGGAUUCAGCGUUGCGUUGACUGAGGUGCUCUCGACCGUCGCAAAGGGACAGGAUGAGGAGGGAUGGACGGUUGAGCGCUUGAUUGAGGAAAUUCAGAAGUGGACGAAGGGUGGAGGCAACAUCACCGGACAGGAGCAGCGCGAUUUUGACUUUGGACGCCUUUUCGGUCUGCAAUCUCUUGUCAAUGCUCGAAUUCUCGACAAGUUCACCUUGGAAGCCUAUACCAAGUUGAUCGGUCUAUUGUUCGCCCUUUCCAAUAAGAAGGUCUGGCUGCGCGAACUUGCUUCUUUCGUCAUGAUGGAGUCCGUAAGACAAUUGCCCGGCACUACGUUCGGCAAGGAGGGUGCAAAGUUGGUUCUCGAUAAAGUCGCAUCAGCAGGGAUGGGAAAGACGGUCGAGGGUGUUGGUAUCGUUCUCGCUCUGAGAAACUUGCCGGAUGGUCAGAGACCUAAGAUUGGUGCUGAGGUUGGCUGGAAGGACGGAAACCCCUUGAACACCAGCAACUCUGCUUUGUUGGCCAAGGUCUUGAAGGAGGUCACUACUGAGGAGACCCAGGAGGAGCCACCCAAAGAGGACGAGCAGAAGAAGGGCAAGAAGAAGAAGAGCGCCGAUACACAGAAGGGCAACUGGAAGCCGAAGUUGCACUUUGUGUGGCCUAUGGUUCUCGAUCUCUACUCUCCCAAAACAGAGAGCACGCUUCCUCCUUCAUCUCUUUCCUUUGCUGACUUCUGGAGGGUCACCGUUGACGAAGGUUUGUUCUCCGAGAAGUCCUCCCUCGAGCGCAAGUUCUGGGGCUUCCAACUUGUUGAGAUGGCGGCUGCUCUUGACGUUCCCAUGAAGGAUACACUUACCAAGAACAUCUUGAGAACUAUCAUCAACCACGCCGCCGAUAACGAGCGUUACCUUCAUAAGGCCGCUAAGCGCUCCCUCAGCGCAUACCAGGCUUACGCUGAGAGCCACCCCUCCGAAAUUGCCGCGAUGGUCAAGUGCAUUGUUGGUAAGAACGGCACACCCAACUUCGACCGUAUUACCAAGUCCAAGUUGGUCGAGACCAUCAUGCCUAUGGCUGACGCGGAGGGUUUGAAGGCGCUGGCUGGUAUGUUCCUCGAGAUGAUCCGCGUCCCGGGUCUCGAGGAGGAGGAGGGCGGUAACUUUGAGAAAGCUGUCGAGACCCGGCGUCAGUGGGCGAUCGACCAAAUCCUAUCGCUCAUCCGCUCGGGUAAGACUGACAAGACUGGUGCGUGGGUUGGUGAGGUCAUUGAGUUCUGGGCUAUUGAGGGUCAUUUUGGGCCUAAGGAUGGCGAGGAGAGAAAGAAGAAGAAGAGAAAGACGGAGACUACUGCGGUAAUUGAGCCGGUCUUUACGACUGCUACUCGGAAUGUCAUGAGGGCACGAUUGGGCGCUGCUCUUAAGGUGCUUAUCUCUCACCCUCCCGCUGACAACGACUCCUGGCCAGCACGCGCUCUUCAGGCUAUUCUCACUCACGAGGCUUCCGGUGCUUCGCUCAUUGUCGAGUUUAACGAGACUGUCAGUGAUGAGCGUGAUGCCGCUCUGAAGAUGCUCGAGAAGAUUCACAAGAAGAAGGCGGCGGCGAAGGAGGACAAGAAGGAGCAGCUUGCUAGUUUCGAGUUGUUGUAUGCGUUGGUUAUUCUGCAGAUCUAUGAUGGAGAUGCGGAAGCUGUUAAUGUUGUGGGUGAUCUCAAGGACUGCUACGAGAAGGUCUUCUCGAAGGAGAAAAAGGCCGGACAUAAGCAUAAGCACCAUCAUCACCACGAGCAUGACCAUGAUCAUGACCACGAGCACGAGGAUGAGCCGGAGGCGAUUGAGGUAUUGACUGAUAUUCUGUUGUCCUUCAUGUCCAAGAACUCGGCGUUGUUGCGCAAGUUGGCAGAACAGAUCUUCACUACUUUCGUCGACAAGAUGAAUGAGUCAAGUUUGGUGCUGUUGACUGAGGUGUUAGAGACGAAGGAAAGCAAGGAGGGGAGUGAGGAGAUGUUCGAUCAGGAAGGUGACGAGGAUAUGGAAGAAGGAGAUGAAGAGGAGGAUGACUGGGAGGAUGAGGGAGAGAUGGAUAACGAGGACGAUGAAGAUGAAGAUGAAGAUAAUGAGGACGAGGACGAGGAAGACAAUGACGAAGGCGAUGAGGCUGCUGAGCGUAAUGCAGCACUUGAUAAGGCGUUGUCUGAUGCUCUUGGCGCGGCAGGCGCUGAUGUCGACAUGGACGACGAAAUGCCGGAUGAGGACUCAGAAGAGGAGUUAAUGGAUGACGACCAGAUGAUGGCUCUCGAUGACCACCUUGCGACUAUCUUCAAGGAGCGUUCAAAGAGCUCGUCAAAGAAGCAGACCAAGAAGAAGGAAGCUAAGGAGACCAAGGAGCAGAUCAUCCACUUCAAGAACCGUGUCCUGGAUCUCAUCGAGAUCUUCUGCAAGACGCAGAGUGCAAACCCCUUGUCCAUUGAGUUGAUUCUACCUCUGUUGAAGGUGAUGCGAACGACUACCAGCUCUAUCGUUGCUGACAAGGCUGCUGGUAUCAUUCGCACCAAGCUCUGCAAGAAGGACUUACCCACGUGCGAUAAGGUCCGCGUCUUGCUGAUCUUGGAGCAAGUGCACCAGGAGGCAGCGAAGACAAAGACACCGCAGGCGAGUGCCGCUUGUAGUCAGUGCUCGCUCCUCCUCGCUAAGCUUUGCUUCACCGAGGGUAUGGAUGAGAACGCUGUCAGCGAUGUCGUUGCCGUAUAUGCGAAUAGUUUGAGCGAGUGGUUGGUGAAGAAGAACAGCAAGAUCCAGCCUGGGUUGUUUUUUGACUUUGUCAACUGGGGGCAGGCAAAGAAGGGUCAAGGAAAGGGUGGAAACAAAUAA